UUGAGGCCGAGGUGUAGUGUAGGCGUUGUAGUUCACCCGUGCAGCGCCCACGGCUUGUCAACGUUAAAGAGACCACAACUACCAGCCUCCCCCGAGGCUGCCAGAGAAUUGGGUGAGAUCGGGGCGAGGAGCAGCUGCGUUAUCAGGACGGGUGCAAGAGAAAGGGUCUCAUGCGGUUAGAAAGAUGGGGGCCAUGUUUUCGCUGAAGCUGCCGACCGCAAAAGGGCCGUUGCACGUGGGCUGCACGGACUUCAUGAUUGACCACACGAGGGAGGGAAGCUUUUGUCGUCUUUAUUACCCGUGUGAGGCUGUGGAGCAGUCGAGGCAGCCGCUGUGGAUUCCACGGUACGAGUAUUGCGCUGGCCUUGUCAACUAUCUCAAUCGGAGCAGGUGGAGCGUCCCGCUCCUCAACCUGGCGUUCGGUUACCAUACAGUCCCGGUCGCGUGGAAUGCUCCUUUCAGAGCUGAGGAGAAAUACCCACUGAUUAUAUUUUCCCAUGGCCUUGGGGCAUUCAGGUCCGUGUACUCCGCCAUUUGCUUAGAAAUAGCGUCCCAUGGAUUUAUCGUUGCUGCCGUGGAGCACAGAGACGAGUCCGCUGCCUUCACCUAUUACUACCAGUCAGCCGCUGGGGAUGUGGAGCAGGAAACUUGCGAAGACGGAACACCCUCUGCUGUGCCCAUUUCACCCCAGGUUGCCCAGCCUGGUCUGAAGGAAGUGUGGCUCCCAGUCGUAAAGCUGAAGACGGACGAGGAGGAAUUCCCCCUCCGGAACGACCAGCUGCGACAGCGAGUGAAGGAAUGUAGCCAGGUCUUGAACCUUCUUACCGAUAUCAACCAGGGGAAGUCCGUCAACAACGCCUUUCUCGGUAACUUGUGCCCCUCCGUUCUAAAGGACUGUAUAGAUCUACAGAGGGUUGCAAUGAUGGGCCAUUCCUUUGGAGGUUCCACUUCAGUCCAAGUUGUUGCCGAGGAUAAACGUUUCCGGUGUGCAGUGGCUCUGGAUAGCUGGAUGUUGCCACUGUCGGAAGAGAUGUAUUCCAAGGAUCCCGGUCUUGUGUUUUUCAUUAACUCUGAAAAGUUCCAGACGGAAGACACCAUUAGGAAGAUGGGGCGGCUGCAGUCCAUGAACGACAAGAUCAAGAUUAUCACCAUAUUGGGGUCAGUGCAUCAGAGCAUGACGGACUUCACGUUGCUGACUGGAAAUUUGCUCAGCUUGGCAUUUGAGACCAGGGGAACCAUCGAUCCUCUGGUGGGUCUCAAAAUCAUCCAGAAAGCAUCAUUAGCCUUCCUGCAAAGACACCUAGAUCUACCAAAGGAUUUUAAUCAAUGGGACGAUCUUGUGGAAGGAAAAGGUGUCCAUAUCGUUUCCGAGCCUCGCCUUUGACUUAAAGGCGUGGGGCCUUUAACAGAGCAUGCAACUGGUUCCUUCGUGUGAAGUCUGAAUGGAGGCUCCACCAGAGGCUUGCUUUCCAAAGCUUGAAUGUUCAUACCUUGUUUGCAGGAUCUAGAAAGAUACUGACUGCAAGACUGCAUGAGUGUGAUUAGGCUGCAUGCAGAGCGCUGCACUUUUUUUCCUCUGCCUAUUCCCGUCCUUACCAGCAGGGUCCUUUUCAACUGCUUACUGAUUGACUGAAGAGCUCCUCAAAUUGUGAUGCGGGUUCUGACUCCAGCCAUAUAGCCGAAGAGACCUGAGCUUUACUGCACAUCUGCUCCAAAAAUACUGCAAGCAGCCACAUCGACCUCGCAAAAAAUCUCAUCUCUGUCAAUGUGAACAAUUCUUUUCCAAUUAAUACAUGCAGACAUUCAUCUCCAUCUUGUCUGCUACAUGGUGGGAUGCAAGCAUGAUCUUCGCCAACAAUGGUUCAAUGAUCUUUAUCAUCAUAUGUACCAAGAUACAAUGGAAUUCCUUGUUUAUCAUCAUUUCAGUCAAGUCAUACUAUACAUGAGUGCAGUCAUGAAUAACGACUACAGCACCAUGAAUAUUAAUGCAAGAAUAUUAUGUAUAUUAGACUUCACUGAGGAAGUACAUAGGAAUCGCCAAAUUUCUGAUGCCACUCAUUCCCUUCAAGUUUCAAGUUCUAAAUCACAAUUAAAACACAAAAAUACUUGUACUGUAACACCAGGAUAAGCGCUCAACCCAGAAAACCAAGCCCAAAGCCAAAGUACUAUCUACAACGUCUUCAAGAGAGAGUUAGAAACAGCUCUUUGGGCUAACAGAAUAAAGGGAUAUGGGGAGAAGGCAGGAACAGGGUGCUGAUUCUGGAUGAUCAGCCACGAUCAUAUUGAAUGGUCGUGCCAGCUCAAAGGGCUGAAUGGCCUGCCACGGCACCUAUUUUAUUCAUGUUUCUAACUUAUUAUACAAAGUUACUCUAAGGACAAUAACUAACUCCAUACGCAAUAAUCAGCUACCUAUAUGUUAACAAGCACUUUUUUUUUUAAACUGAUCGUGUCGUUACAAGUAUAUCUUUGGGGUCAUAAGGUGGGCACCUCCCUUCACUGGGGUUUCAUUGCAUUAACAGUAUAGUGUCUGACUUUGGCCUUAAAGACCAGGGGUUCCCAACCUUUUUUGUCCUGUUUACCCCUGGCAACCUUAAUAGCACAUAACAAUGUACAACUAAUGAUGAACAGAUACCAGAAUACACAGUCAAUGAGAGAAAAUAUGUAUAAAUCCAGAAUCAACAAAUUUACCCCCUGGGUAGGUGAAAUUUACCCUGGGGGUAAAUGUACCCCCAGCUGGAAACCCUUGACCUAGAGAAACACUUGGAAGCAUUGGGAGGUACCACUGUUGCACCAAAACCUUCCAGAUCCACUGGCAGGAUAAACAAACCAGCGACUGCCAUGUCUCCCACAGCAGAUUGAUCCACUGGCAAGACCACCAUGGAAGAGGAAUUUGUAGAUCCAAAAGGAUUGCUUCUUAACCCAAUGUGUAAUAGAACAUACCUGAAAUAGAUUACUUUAGAAUUGAUCAUGUUAAUGAGGGAGGAUUAACAAAAGAUCGUGUAGCUGGGUAAACUCUGGAAGUAAUGAUUGCUAUCAAUGUACAAGAGGUGAACAGCCCAGUCUGAAACCAAUAUUCUGGCCUUAAGUAUGGGUAAUUGUAUACGUCUGAAGAAGAGUUUUUCUGAAGUUGAUGGGUGCUUUAGAUGCUCAAAGGGAUCUGGGUGUGCAUGUACAAAAUUCAUUCAAUGUGAAAAUGCAGGGGAACAAAUGAUUUGGAAGGCAAAUAGUGAGUUAGCUAUUAUAAUAAGAUUGGACCACCGCCCAUGGACGCCUAAUUACUAUUGGUUCAUCCCUUGUUGAGGGUACACCUGGAGUGUUGUACACAAUAUUGAUUUUCUUACCUAAGAGAGGAUGCACUUGCCAUAGAGAGAGUGCAGUGAAGGUUCACUUAGAUGGUACAUCUAUGAAACACACCCUUUGGCCCACUGUCAGAAGUUCAUAGGAGACAUUUGACCCGAGGUCAUAGCCCCAUCGAGACCACUCUGCCAUUCAAUCAUGGCUGAUCUGGCUGCACCAACCAUCGAUUGCCUGACCGUUUGUUGGAUUGGUUGCAGAUAUGGUGGCUUUUACCAUUUGAAGAGAGAGAGAGAAAGAGAAAGCGCACUUUUGAAGAAGGAGAUAAAAUGGGCUUUUUCAGAUUCGGAAGCAUGAGAGGUGAUCUGAUCGAACGUGUCAAAAUUCACAACCGGGCUGGAUGGCGGGAGAAUGUUUUCUCUGGCUGAGAGGUCUAGAACCAAGAGUCAUAGUUUCAGAAGAAGGGUUUCGAGCCGAAACGUUGCCUAUUUCCUUCGCUCCAUAGAUGCUGCCUCACCCGCUGCGUUUCUCCAGCAUUUUUAUCCACUGUCACAGUUUCAGAGUAAGGACAGAGACAAGGAGAUAUUUCUUUGUUGAGAAAGACGAAUCCUUGGAAUUCUCCACACUAGACACCUGUGGAAACUUGUGUGUUCAACACAGCAAUAGAUUGCAGGAUACAGGAACCUUUAAUGUACGUCCUCGAUGGAAAGUGCAUCCUUUCUUCAAUAUUAAGAGAAUUAAGGGAUAUGAUGAUAGUGGAGGAAAAUGGCGCAAAGGUGGAACAGCCAUGAUGGUGGUGUGGGCUCCAAGGGCCACAUGGUCUACUCCAGCUCCUUGUUGAUAUGUCCCAAUGCAGUGGGAGCAAGGUUCUCCCAUUUCACUAACUGGGACAGGAUUGUGAAGUAUGACGUCCUAUAUAUAAUUGUAAAUCCUUCUUACAAUUUAAUUAAAUGUGAAUUCAAACAAGAAAUUAAGGUUGGAUAUGUUUUUGUGCUUUUAAACUUGGAGGGUAAUCAUCUUCAAGGACUGGUCUCUGCUUUGAUUUGUUUGCUUGUCUUAGUGAAGACAAGGUGGAGAAUGAAGGGAUUUGAUGCCUGAUUCCAGAUUGGAGAUGAGUGGCUUCUUCAUUGACUCUCCACACAGUAUUAAACCUGAAAGUCAGUCACAGUCUGCGGAAUUAGUGUCACUUGAAUGGAAGGACUCUCAUUUGUUUAUACAGCCUUGGGAUGUCCCAAUGGCAUUGGUGCCAGUGAAGGUCUUUGUGAAGUUGCUGCAGUUUAGCAAGCGAGACAGCCAGCUUGCUGCAGCUGAGAUGCUGAUGAUGAUAAGAUCAUCUGCGCCGGUGAUGUUGAAGUCUAACUUGCUGUAGUUUCAUACAACCAUAUGACCUUUUACAGUCAGCCCGAGAAACUUCUUGCCCUGAAAGGUAUUACUGAACUCAUUGCUUUACGGGAAUUCCGUAGCUUUCCUGACUUUUAUUAACUUGUAUUCAGUUAAAUGAGCCAGUGGGAUUUCAUUUGGGGUUUUUGAACAUUCCUGGCAAGGCUGGAAGUUAUUAUCUAUCAUCAGUAACCGGGCGAAGGCAUUAGCUGAACGUGUUGUUGAUUUUGAUAAUUGGGUGAAUAGAUGCCUCGCAAGGGUAAAUUGUCUCAAAUGCUUGACAAUGAACCAAUGCAAAGGAUGUACCAGGGGAGAUGGUGGGGAGGGAAGAUUGUGUGUGUUCAUUGAGCCUGAUCCCAUGGCUUCAAGCGGUGUGCCCAAAGGGGUUUGGAUAGAAUCACGGAUGUGCGUGUCAUCCUUUCACUUACAACCACUGGGACUUGACAAUGGCGCCAAACUGGCGACUCUGUAUACUUCAGUCUGAAGAAGUGUCUCGACCCGAGACGUCACCCAUUCCUUCUCUCCAGAGUUGCUGCCUGUCCCGCUGAGUUACUCCAGCAUUUUGUGUCUAUCUUCGAUUUAAACCAGCAUCUGCAGUUCUUUCCCACAGACUCUGUAUACUGUCUCAGUGUACCACUGCUGUACACUUGUACUGUAUCUAAGAUGCUUCUCUAACAUGUAUCUCAGUGCUUAUGUGUAGUGAUACCUGUACUGAACUGUGUACAAAAAUGAAUUUCACUGUACAUGUGACAAAUAAAUACCAUACCAUACAUCAGGAUGAAAGAGCAUUCUAUACAUUGCCAGUUAUGGUGAUGAAG